AUGGGAGAUUCUCAAUUAUCUGGUAAUGAAAUCAUUCUCCGUCUUCUUUAUGAGCUAUGCGAAGUGAAAGUCCCAUUUCCUUGCGAUUUCUACCCUAACAUUCCAAAGUUGGACAUGUAUGAGGACAAAGGGCCCCAAGAGUUGUUCGAUCAGUACGACGAUCAUCAAGAAAUUCACUUUCUCACAACGCUCAAGGUACACAACUGCAAUUCUUCCUCCCGCCAAUGCGGCAAAGGGAGGUGGAUCCACCAGAGAUUUGUCCCUGUGUAUAACAACCGAAUGAAAACAAUAGGGAUGAGAGAGGAAUUCAUCUACUCCGAGCCCAAAACGAAGAAAACGGACAGUAUUCUUGGAAAGACAUAUUUGUUGAGAGAAUAUAGCCUCGAUGACAAGUACAGAAAAUGUAGCAAAAAAGACUACAAAGAGAAUGUAUUCUGGACAGUCGUGAAGAAAGAUGCUUCGGAUUCAUCCUGCUUUGCUGAACCUCCGCUGGGGAGUUGGAUUGAUGUUGACACGUAUUUGGAUGCCCUUUUCAAGCUAAAUUACUAUCAGUGGGGGCCGACACCCCACUUCAUUCGUUUCGUUAAUAGAGAGAAUUGA